AUGGCGAAGAAGCUGGGCCUUCGCAGCCGCAGACGCAAAGUUCAGCCGAAUCUACAAGCUGCUGCGAAAAAUGGCAAUACUAGUAGACAUGUUGAAACGACAAAGACUUCGAUAAGAGAUCGAAGCAAUGGAAGCGGAAGUCGCUGGCAGGACACCCACAACAUCUUCGGGAGCAAGUCGAGGACGCAGCUGCAAGCAUUCGAUACCAGUUGGCAGACAGUUGUCAAACAGUUGCCAAAUGGUCUUGAAUUGCUCGCCGAUGGUGUGGUCCCGGACUGGCCGCAGCGCAUCCGGACCAUAGCUAAAUAUCUAGAGAAUCGCGCCCUCGACGAGUGGCGACCAGAUCGUAGAGAAAAUGAACCUUUUCCGCUAACAUGGGAUCUUUUUAUCGUAUGGGGUGAAGAUACAAUAGAAGACGCCGAUGUCCGCAAGGGGGAAGCGCUUCAGAAGUUCGGAGAUCUCAAGCAAGCCCCGUCGCAGGUGGUGCGAGAUCUGCUGCAUGAGAUAAUACUCCGUGAAGAUGAAGUUGUGCUGCUUACAGAGGGCGAACGAAGAGGAUGGGCACUAUUUCAUGCGCUUCUACCACCCGUGCGGGACGUAGUGCAACAUGGCCUGAGCGCUGGUGAAGGCCACAGAAGACGUAAUGAAGAAGAAGGAGAAGAGGCCCAAAAAGCAAAACCCAGCCUGCGGAGCGCCGUCGCAGCGCUGGGUCUCGAUCAGGCGAAAAUCACGGAUUCACGGAGUGGAUAUCUGAACCAGGCGCUGGUCAUGGAAUUCGAGAUCAACACCGGCGUGGGAACUCCCUCCGCUACUCGAAUUGUAAAGCGAGGCUCAUAA